GGUUGGUGAGACCUGGUGGCCUUCCCUGCCUACACUUUCUCUAGCGGGUUUCAACGCCGCCAGCUUUGUUUCUUAACCGCCCUGCAGUUAAGAAACAAAGACCUGAACAAUUGGCUGGUGUUGGGUAGAAAAAUGUAUCGAAUUUUGCCAAUUUAAAGUGUGACCUGAGGUUGGGAUUAAGGCCUAGAAAAGCUGGUCCUGGGCUGUGAAGUGGCGGUGGAAAGGCUGGGUGUCCAGCAGGGUCUGAAGCAGGAAGCUAAAUGCAAUGGAAGAAGCCUCGCUGCAACCGGGAUUAAAAAGGUUUAGUGACCAACAGGGAGCUUACAUUCCUUGUCUUUCUGCUCCAGGAGGACCAAGAAUGCAUACAUUUAUGCAGAGUUGUCCUAUGAAGGGUAAAGAAAACAUGAGAACACCCCUGUAAUCCCACCACUCUGGGAGCUUGAGACAGGAGGAUUGCAGGUUCAGCCCAGCCUGAGCAAUUUGGAUUUCAUAAGCAGGAACCAUCUUAGAAGUCAGGGCUGAGUAGGCAAGAGCCAGGAGAGUAGCUACAAUGACUUCAAGAGUUUUGGUGGACAUCCGAGAGGAGGUGACCUGUCCCAUCUGCCUGGAGCUCCUGACAGAACCUUUGAGCAUAGAUUGUGGCCACAGCUUCUGCCAAGCCUGCAUCAUAGAGAACAGUAAGAAAUCAGCGACCAGCCAAGAAGAGAGCAGCUGUCCUGUGUGCCAGACCAGCUACCACCCCCGGAACCUCCGGCCUAAUCGGCACCUGGCCAACAUAGCAGAGAGGCUCAGAGAGGUAGUGCUAGGACCAAGAAACCAGCCACAGGUCAUUCUUUGUGUGCGCCACGGAGAGAAACUCCAGCUCUUCUGUAAGGAGCAUGGGACGCUAAUUUGCUGGCUCUGCGAGCGUUCCCAGGAGCACCGUGGUCACCACACGCUCCUCAUGGAGGAGGUAGCCCAGGAGUACCAGGAAAUGUUCCAAGAGUCCCUGAAGAAGUUGAGGAAAGACGAAGAGGAAGCUGAGAAGCUAAAAGCUGUUAUCAGAGAGAAGAGGGCAUCCUGGAAGAAUCAGAUGGAGCCUGAGAGACACAGGAUCCAGAAAGAGUUUAAUCGGCUGCGAAGCAUCCUGGACAAAGAGGAGCAGCGGGAACUGAGGAAGCUCGAGGAGGAAGCGAGGAAGGGGCUGAGUAUUAUAGAGAAAGCUGAGGGUGAGGUGACCCACCAAAGCCAGUCCCUGAGAGAGCUCAUCUCAGACCUGGAGUACCGGUGCCAGGGCUCCACAGUGCAUCUGCUGCAGGAUGUGAAUGAUCUCACACAAAGGAGUGAGUUCUGGACCCUGAGGAAGCCCCAAGAGCUCCCCACCAAGCUGAGAAGUGCAUUUCGAGCCCCAGAUCUGAAAAAGAUACUGCAAGUGUUUCGAGCACUCACAGAUGUCCAAAGCUACUGGGUGGACGUGACCAUGAAUCCACACUCUGCAAACUUAAAUCUUGUCCUGUCUAAAAACCGGAGACAGGUGAGAUUCGUGGGUGUUAAGCUGUCCCAACCGUCCUAUCUGGAAGAACAUUAUGACUGUAGCAUCCUAGGCUCUCAGCACUUCUCCUCAGGAAGAUACUACUGGGAGGUGGAUGUGACUAAGAAGACUGCCUGGAUCCUGGGGGUGUGCAGCAAUUCCACGGGACCUCCACUUUCUUUCAGCCAGUAUCCUAACAGUCAGAACACUUACUCCAGAUACCAGCCGCAGACUGGAUACUGGGUGAUAGGGCUACAGCACAAACGUGAAUACAGAGCCUACGAGGACUCUUCUACCUCCCUGCUCCUCUCCAUGUCUGUGCCCCCUCGCCGCAUUGGGGUUUACUUAGACUAUGAGGCUGGCACCGUCUCCUUCUAUAAUGUCACAAACCACGGCUUGCCCAUCUACACUUUCUCUAAGUAUUACUUUCCGACAGCCCUUUGUCCAUAUUUCAAUCCUUGCGACUGUGUAGUACCAAUGACCCUGAGGCGCCCAGGCCCUUGAGCUCUCUGCUGCCCACACCACAGCUGAGUGGUGCCCGCCACUCCGCAGCUCCUGUGUGAGCCUCUUCUGAUCCCUGUUCUCUGUGUUCUUGCCCCUUUCCCUGGCAAUAUUUACCCAUUGGUGGGAUGCUCCCAGCCGCAAUAGUGAGCACCCCUGGCAGUGAAGGAAUGGGGGAGCUUUGGCCAUUUCAUCCUUUAGCAUGGCGUUCAUUGGUGCAUGGGGCCAAGGUAAGAAAUUCUCUUCUGUUAAUUUUCUGCGAGUUCUGUACUGAAUGAAAAAUUGAAUUCAACAAAAUUCAUUCGAUAGUUUUUGAGAGAUAAUCAUUUGUCAUUUUUAUUGUUACAAGUACAUUGAUUUGUUUUAAUUGUUAACCCUACCACAAUGUCCUAAUAUAAAUUUGUUAUUUUUUACAUGCAAAAAUAGAUUUAUAGGCUUUUUGUUCAUUCAUGUUUGUAAAAGAAAUUGACCCAUAAUUUUGUAUAUCUUUGUCAGGUUUUAUAAAAUGCAACAAUGAGCAAAGAAAUUACAGUGUAAGUACAUACAAGAUUGGCUGUUAAAAAUGAAUCAUAAUUUUAAUGGCUUUAAAUUCAAAUUGAAGAAAUUGUAAUUUCAGUUUUCACUGUAACCUCUGCCAACCUUUAGCCUUUAUUUUAAAAGUUUAAGGAUAUGAAUCAGAUAUGGUGAUGUAUGCCUGCAAUUCCCAGCAUUCUAGAGGCUGAGGCAGGAGAAUUACUAGUUCAGGACCAACCUGGACUACCUAAUGAGUUCAAGGAUGGCCUGGACUACAUAGUGAGACCCUGUCUCGAAGAAAGCAGGGAAGGGGGAGGAAGGAAGGAAAGAAAAACUUACGGGUACCAAUCAAAAAAAUAUACUCGCCAAAUGAAUUGAACUUAAAAAUGGAGGGCAAGAAGAAAAUGAUCAGUCCAGUGCAGGUUUUUCUCUUGCAGUGAGAGGAAAAUGCAAAGUAAAAAUCUAAUCUAACACGCUUUUGAAAAGAGGAUGGUUUAUCCUAGCUUCCCUACACCCCCUUUUCUUUAUGCCCAAACACAAAUAACUGGUGAAUGAGCUCUAUGACUUUGGUAUGGAGGGGCUAUAUGUUUUCUGAGCCAACUAUAAAAGAAAUGAGGUAGAUGUGAAGGUAGAAACAAAUACAAAGGGGAGACAGCUGGUUUUCUGAUGCAGCCAAGACCCCGUGGUGACUGUUGAACACUACAAAUGUGACUAGUCUCAACUGAGAUGUGAAGUAAGUAUAAAACGUGCACUGAAUUUUGAUAAGAAAUGUGAAAUAUCUCAUUGACAACUUUUAUAUUGUAUAUUGUAAUA